UUUUCUUUUUUACUCGCGUUGGGCUUCUACUUGAUGUUUAAAAAGGCGGCGGGUUGCUAUUCUUAGAAGCCGUUUGACGCAGCGCGUUGCGACAUCGGAGGGAUUUCUCCGUCCAAUAAUUGUCCUCCUCGCGCCAGACCCGCCGCUCGGUAUCCCCGCCUCGCCUGGUGGGCUCACGAACGAGGAUGUUUCCCUGGAAACUGGACAGUUUUUAUGUAACCGGCUAAUCCGUCAGCCGUCGCAGAGAAAAGAUGUAUACUUAUGGUAUAUACUCGCUUGGGAUGGGAUCAUACCUGCGGUCAAGGCUGACAAGCGAGCGAUAUGCGCUUAAUCGUUGGUGUAAAAGGGUGAGGGACCCACAUGGAGUUCUGUUUUUUUUUUUCUUCUUCUUAAUGUCCUGACCCACUAAAUGAGGUGAAAAAGCACAAGUGAGGCCCACUGAUAUAUACUGCUGAACCGGUUCAGGGGGUACUCGGCCUCUCGCCCAGAGUCAGCUGGGACGGGCACCGCCGGCACGCCCCUGACCCGCGUCGGGACAAGCGGUAGAGAAAAUGAAAACAUGAAUGAAUGAAUCAUUUCGCUGGAGGAAGAGGGCUGCAGCGCAAUUGAAAUUAUAGACAACAAAAUUACCCAAUAUUCGUUUGAGAACGGCUUUCUUACGUUUUUUUUUUUUCACAGCUGCUGUAAACACGUUGCGUGCAAAACGACAAAACAAACUCUCCGUGUCGAUUUCACUCGGUGAAAAAUGUGCCGAUUGGUCGGUUGGUCAGCUCGGCACACAACAAAGGAAAAAUGCCGUUGAUAUCAAACUCGAGGGCCACACUGACAUUCCACUUGCACAAAAUAUCGUCUCGCGGGCCGCCGGUUUGAGACCCUUGGCGGACGUGCGAUCGUCUAGUUGUGCCCCCCCCCCCCAUCAGAAUGCGACGCGGACGUGCACUUCCUCCUCCGACCUACAGGCGCCGCUGCAGCCGGCCUCGGCCGAAGCAGGAAGCAGUUCAGCGGGCUUAGCUGGCACCGGCUGCUUGGUCGCUCGAUCUGCGAGGUCUUUUUUUUUUUUUUUGUCGUCUCAGCUAUGGCUCGAUUCGCGGCGCUUCUGCUUUUAUCGGUUGUCAUCGAGUCGGCCUCCGCCAUCUCCUUCUUCUUGCCGGUCAACUCGAGGAAGUGCCUGCGGGAGGAGAUCCACAAGGACGUGCUGGUCACCGGGGAGUACGAGAUAACCGAGCCGACCAGCACCAAAAGCAACCUGAAGAUCACAGAUUCCGCCGGCCAUUUGCUUUACACCAAGGACGAUGCCACCAAAGGGAAGUUUGCCUUCACCACGGAGGACUACGACAUGUUUGAGGUGUGCUUUGAGAGCAAGUCCCCCAUGGGAACUGGAAGAGUGCCGGACCAGUUGGUCCACCUGGACAUGAAGCACGGCGUGGAGGCCAAGAACUACGAAGAGAUUGCCAAGGUGGAGAAGCUGAAGCCUCUGGAGGUGGAGCUGCGGCGACUGGAGGACCUCUCGGAGUCCAUCGUCAACGACUUUGCGUACAUGAAGAAGCGAGAGGAGGAGAUGAGGGACACCAACGAGUCGACCAACACGCGCGUGCUCUACUUCAGCAUCUUCUCCAUGUGCUGCCUGAUCGGCUUGGCCACGUGGCAGGUGUUCUACCUGCGCCGCUUCUUCAAGGCCAAGAAGCUCAUCGAGUAGAAGGCCAGCGGAGGCUCUUCAGAAGCGUCCCCACAACAACAACAGCAGGCGGACUCCGUGGACGGCGAGCGAUGUUUUUUUUUUUUUUUUUUUUUUUUUUGGGUUACCUGAAAUUCUAUUUUUUCAAAGAUGCCAGACUUAACAGGAGAAGAACGAUCGGGCCUGCUUUCUUUUGCGGUUUCAAACGUGACAAGCGCGUCUGUCCGGACAAUUUCCAAAUGGUCCGGCUCCUCACCGACGACGAGCUCGUUUUUGUUUGGAGGGGACGCGCCACGGGAAUCUCGCCGGGGUUCCUCUUCUCCCCGUCGAGGCUAUUUGAACACGCGCUUGGCUUUGUUUGUGACGUUGCUGUAAUUUUUCUGCGUUCAAUCCAUCCCUUCACAUGCUCGUCUUUUUCUUUAAUUUUUUUUUUCUCCACUCUGUAAAUGCCCUGAGUCACAAUUUGCGUAUAUUUUUGUUUGAAUGUGGUUUGUCGUCGUGGUAUUGUCCUUUCGUGGACGAAUCAGGUCUUUGACUCCCGACGACGAGCAGUAUUUGUAAAGAGACCCGGUUUGUAUGUGAAGCCUGCUCGCCGGGCCUUUACGCGCUGCUAACUAAAUUUAAACGUUUUGACACGAUUCACGAGCAACUCUUCCCAAAUGUUAGUACUUGCAGAUCCAGCCGAUGUACUUCCAUUUUUAUUUGUUGUCUUUCGAGCUACUUAGGAGGUGUGGUUACGUGGGCUUAUGGGAGCUUUGCGGCUGCUCUGAUGGGAUUUCAUUCUGAAGGCGUCCCCCACGGGGAGCUUUCCAAUGGAGGAGCGUGUGCAUUAUGACUCCAUAAUUGAUGAUUUUUAUGUUAACCGGUGCAUUUUGUAAA